CUGAGUACUGAAUUACACCGCGUUACUGCGCACUAUUCCGCCUUACUGUUUAGUGCGGAAGUGCUGUAGAGCUGGACUACUGACUGUGUCAGUACAUGUCACGAGUGCUUUCAUUCAAACGCACAGGACUGAGGGACAGACAGCAGCUGAAGCAGUGUCAUCUCAGUGACCCCAGGAGAUGCUUUGAGGAUCCUCCAAGGUUGUUCACUUUUGAAGAGCCCAGUGAAGGGAAGAGUGAUGGCAGGAGAGAAGAGUUCUCCAGAUGACAGACACUCUUCCAGAGUCAUUCGGGUGGUGUUUCUGGCUCUUCUACUGGACCUACUGGGGUUCACAGUAAUCCUCCCCCUUCUCCCCUCCAUCUUAGAUCACUACAGUGAAACAGGGGAUAAUGUGUAUCUGUCACUACAAAGCAUUGUGGACUGGUUCCAGGGCACUGUCGGAGUUCCUUUGGACAGAAAAUACACCAAUGUACUUUUUGGAGGACUGAUUGGCUCAGUCUACUCUUUAUUGCAGUUCAUUUUCUCUCCUGUGAUGGGAGCUGCAUCUGAUCAGCAUGGCAGAAGACCGCUGCUACUUUUAACUACUGCAGGGCUGAUUUUCUCCUACAUUCUGUGGGCUGUUUCUCACAACUUCAGUGUUUUUCUCUUGUCUCGUGUGGUGGGAGGAAUCUGUAAGGGCAACGUCAGCCUCUGCACUGCUGUUGUUGCAGACCUGCCUUGCCCUAAAGCGAGAAACAGAGGAAUGGCAAUGAUUGGUGUUGCUUUCUCUUUGGGCUUCACUCUGGGUCCAUUAAUGGGCGCCUACUUUGCACUGAGGCCAGUGGACGCUGAGUUGUUUUAUCAAGGCCCUGCUCUACUGGCAGUUCUGUUCUCUGUAGCAGACCUGCUGUUCAUUUUUCUCAUGCUUCCAGAGACUUUGCACAAGGGCACCUCAGAGCCCACAGGUGUUCAGGAGAUAGGAGACCUGCUCAACCCAGUGGCCCUUUUCAACUUCUCUGCGGUCACAAGAACAAAGGAGCCACCCUCCGUACAACGGAUGCACAACCUUAAGGUACUAGGCUGGGUGUAUUUUGCAUACCUCUUCCUUUUCUCUGGUCUUGAGUUCACACUGAGCUUCUUAACUCAUCAACGCUUCCAGUUCUCCAGCAUGCAACAGGGGAAGAUGUUUUUCUUCAUUGGUAUCACCAUGGCAACAUUCCAGGGAGGAUACGCACGCAGGAUCCAACCAGGUCAGCAGAUCCGGACAGUCCGCAUGGCAAUAUUAUUACUCAUUCCAGCCUUCAUCCUCAUUGGAAUAGCAUGGAAUUUAAUAGUGCUCUACAUCAGCCUGUUUUUGUAUUCCUUUGCUGCUGCCAUUGUUGUGCCGUGUCUUUCAGCACAAGUAUCUGGACACGGCACAGUGAGUCAGAAGGGUACAGUGAUGGGGAUCCUGCGUAGUCUUGGCGCACUGGCCCGAGCACUGGGUCCAGUUCUGGCUUCCUCAGUGUACUGGCUUGCUGGAGCUGAGAUGUGCUUCUUCAUCAGUUCGGCUUUAUUUAUUGUCCCUUUAUUCUUACUGAGCCAACUGGAGCAACACAAAGAGGACUAAGAACACUCAUGCAGCUUUUACUGGAAAUACCUUUUCAAUCUCUUUAUAUAUGGCGUACAUAUAUUUUCUACUUUCCUUUUUAUAUACAUUUUUACACAAGAAAACACUGAUAGUGCAAUAUGAUUUGAAAAGACUGCAAUGCAGUAUAACAAUGACCUGGUAUUGUUACACUAUAGGGCUGCAUUAGAUAUUCAUUCACUUUUAUUGCUAAAAUUAAAAACUGUUGUAACUCUAUAACAUCAUGUGGACAGUAUUUUCUAUAGUGGUGUGAACAAUGUAGCUAUAACGCACUCGGUUGCAUUUAUUUUGCAACUACCAGUGUAAGAAAAAUAGCUGGAAGUUGUGAAAAGUUGAUGAGAGAAUUUUUUAUUCUCGCAGGAUGAACUGUUCACAUGUAAAACUACAGACGUUAAAAGUUGACAUACAUACAAACUUGACAUUGUCAAGAAGUUCGUAGUGGAAAUUCCGCCUCUUUUCAGUGUGUCAGAUCAUUUGAUUUAUUAAAUUUAAAAAAGUAACAGUAUUUAUACUCAGUGUUUGUUGCCUACAUUUCGUUUCGUAGCUGAAUGAGUAACAGUUUUUCUCAUAUCUUGAUUGCAUUAGGCACAGUGAGUCAGAAGGGUACAGUGAUGGGGAUCCUGCGUCACUGUACAAGUGAACUGUACUGCGUCACUUACCAACAAGACCAAUAAGAGCAGCUUCCAAACAGUUCAUUGCAAUUUUUGUUCUCCAGUGAGAAUCAUUUUAUUUCGAAUAACGUGUUGUGUGCAUGGUGCCCUGCAAUGGACUGGCGUACCAUCCAGGGUGUAUUUCCUGAGUGUUCCUGAGAAAUGCUCAAUCCACCACCCUGACCAAGAUAUAGCACUUACUGAAGAUGAAUAAAUGCACACUAACAAACAGUUUAGAUGUUGACACAAGGAAGUCAUUUCGAAAUUACACUGCAAGAGUAAAGGCAUUGGUUACAUCUACAAAAAAGAAGAAAAUGCAGCUCAAAUAUGUGAGCUGGCACUCUAUGUUCAGUUAAAUAUACCAGAAACUGAAUCAGGAUUCACAACAGUCUACUAGUUUCACUUCCAAACUUGUAAAUGGAAGAAUAAGAAGAAAAUGCAGGUAUAUCGAAUUACCUCCUCUUGGCAAAAUAGUUAUUUUACCCUUAUAAAAUUGAGUAUAUUCCUGAAGGUGCCAAAGGAAUUGUAUUUUCAAGGAGUGAAAAUAAUGUAAGACUAUAUAUCUGUCAUUUCCUAGAUCUCCUUAAGGAAAAGAAGUACAAGGUUGAAAUUAAAUUUAGACUGCAAUAACCGUUAUUAUAAUUAAAUUGAAAGCACAAUUCAUGCAUUCAACUGUAAUCAUAUUCAACCAUUCUGCUGUUCUCUAAACACAAAAAUAUAUUAUUAUACCACCAUUUUCCACAGAUAAUAUGUGAUGCACAAUGUGAACAAGAAGAAUAGUUUUAGAUAUCUUAUUGAUAUUAGCCAAAUAUUUUAAUCAUAAAGGUGAUUUUAUGAAUCAACAUCAAACAUUUCUUUUAAAAAAAAUAAUUGACCUUGUUUUACGUUUUGUUCAAAUUGAUGGAAAGUAAACAAAUCCAGAAAUUGUGUAAUCUAUUCCCUCUCUAUCAUUUUAUAUGAACCCCUUACAUUUCGUUUGUUUUUGUUUAUUCUUACAUUUUGUUAUUUGUUCAUU